AUGCCCACCACAUCCCAGCAGCCAACCAUGAUCCAUUCGCAGCCGGCAGCGGCUCCAGGAGCCAACAACUCGGGUCGUCUCAAAUACGCAGAUCCCCGAGAUCUUCCUAGCUAUCCAUCCGCUGGUCUUCGUCCCGACGGUGCUGCUGCAAGUGCUGCCGCUUCUCUUGGGUGGUCUAAUCAGAAGCCUAUCGAACUCUGGAAACCCGACAAGACGUCAUCAGCAUCCGCAGCUGCCGCUUUGGCAAAGAAUUACAAGAUGGCGCCAUCAUGGGAACCAGCAUCCAACUCUGACGGCCACAAGGCCGCACUUCUAGCUGUUGGCUCAGCCAACGCCGCAUUAAACCAUACACCAAGCCAUAAAAAGACACACGAAGGAUGGGGAAAUUCUGCUGCCACUCAAGCUGUGGGCUCUGCCACAGCUGCGUUGAAUCGAGCAUCAAGCCAGCAAAAAGUCCACGAAGGAUGGGGAAACUCGGCUGCUACUCAAGCAUUCAACACAAAUCGAGCCAACUCUAUGCGACAGGCCAACCUAACGUCGCCCGACGCUUCACUGCAAGGGCAAAAGUCUCUUGCUGCAGCGAAAGGAGCCAUGUCGACUACAAGGCGACGAGCUAAAUCUACACCUUCAGCUCCAGACAGCCUUGCUACAUCAUCCGCACAGCCCAACAAGCGACCCGAUGCCCUCAGCGGAGCUACCCUGGCACAUAAGGCAAGCAUGAAGUCCAAGCCAGCAACUGAGAAUGCAGGUGCCGUGCCGGUCACUACCAUGACCCGUAACAUGUUCACGUCUAACCCUCCGGUCAAGCCGGAGGUGGAUGAACGACAGAACAAUGAGCAGCUUCAUGCAUCGGCAGUUGCAAUGGCCCGAAAGAUGUAUCUCUCGCAGCAAAAAAUCAUAGACGAGGCCAAGGAGAAUCACGGACGAGAUUCUGAUGUGGCACAGCCGAAGCCGUAUGUCAAUCUCCAAGAUGCUGCAUACAAACAAGCGCAAGAACGAUUGGCCAAGCUCGAACAGGAGCACCAGAAGAACCGAGACUUCCAAUCUUACUAUGGAAAUGAUUCAGCAUCUCCAAAGCGACGGUUUACGUUGACCAAGCUGCGUCGUCGAUCUUCCAGUGACGGUGAUAUCAAGAACGACCGUCAGCAGUCCGAGAAAAUCCGUCAGCAAAUGUCGCUCUUCUCCAACAAGCUUACAGAAGUCGACCAGAAGAAGCGCCAAGACGAUCGCAAUGCGCUGCUUGCUGCGGCACAACGUAAUGUCAAGGCUCAACUACAGGGCAUGGACGAGAAGGUGUAUAAUGAGACUGGUCAAGUCAAUCCUACUUUGAUGAGUGAGUGGGAGGUCAAGGCUCAUCAAAUGGCGAAUUCUAGCCACGAAGCCCGUAAUGAGAACAAGGGCAAAAUUGACAUUGGAGGUGGAAGGUUCAUGGAUCCUCACGAUGUAGACGCUAUUGCAGCCAAGAGGAUGCAACCUAUUUUGGACGACAUCAACGAGAAGGCUGAAAUUGAGCGAGAGCGCCUUGCCACCCUCAAGAUGGAAGAGGAAGCCAGGAAAGCUGAACAGGAGAAGCAAAAGGCUCGUGAGCGUGAGAUCAAGGAAAUCAACAAGAAGCUCAAGGAUCAAGAAAAGCAAGAGUAUAAGGCAAAGAAGGCCGAGGAAAAGGCUGCCAGAGCGGAAGAGAGGCGUCAUGCUAAGGAAGAAAAGCAAAAGGCCAGAGGUGACACAGCGGUCUCUGGCGAGGAAGCCAUUGACGACGGCGAAAGCACUCGAAGUGAGGAUGCUGCCUCAUCCCCUAUCGUAGCGGUUGCGCCCGGUUCGACUGAAGCGGAUGCGCCAGCGGCUAUCGACACAGAAACGGGUGGCACUGAGAGGGGUCGAAGGAAGCCCAGUGACGCGGCAUCACCAACGUCCAAGGUCAAAGGAUGGAUCAAGAACCGCUUCUCGCGGGGCAAGUCACUCGGAGAGAAAGACCAUGAAAGCCAUGGCGAUAAGAGGGGAAGCUUCGUCGGUGGUGCAGCUCUCAGAGACCCUGAUACCAACCACAGUGCCAUAAGUCUCGACAACCGGGCAACAAGCAUGCGAGACGUUGCACUCGCUGGUCGUGGCACAAAUGGCGAGCCGAGCGACCGUGACAUGCUGCAUGAUUCACGUGGUGUGAGUCCUGUAAGCAGUGACUCGGAUGAUGACGAAGGUGUUGCUGCCAUUACUCCUCCUCCAGCAAUCAAGGACCCUGUUGGACGACAAAGCCACAGUCCCUCAAGAGACUCCAGGUUUAGGGAGAACUUGGACAAUUGA